CAGGUAUUACAAACUGUACUGCACCACAUUGUUAAUUUGAACAGCAACCAUUUGACUGGCAUUGAGAAAAAUGGGUUGGAUAUUUCCUGAAUUUCACAUUUUAUAACCUGAGAAGAUUUGGUAAGGAUUUAAAAGUGUCAUUGUUUGAAAUCUUAGGAGAAUUUCAUAAUCUUCAUAAGCACAGACAUGACAGUUUUUCUUUACCAACAGAACACAUCUGAGAAAAGGACAAAAUGCUUUGAAAAAGCAAUACAACCUACCGAAAAACAGAACUUGAUUUUGUAAUUUUUUUUUUACAUUUUUUUUUUACAAAAAAACUUUCUUUUAUGAGGGCAACAACAGAACUGGAGCAGAACCGCUGGCAAAAUUCUCUCCGAUUUUUGCCUAGAAGAAUGGAGUAAAACUGGGAUCAUCUCAUUUGAAAGCUGGGAUUGUUUCCUGCACCUCUUGAGACAUGGCUCAAACUGAAGACAUGCCUAAGCAGGUGAGCGUUGAGGCUAAGGGAGAGAGUGAGUCCACGGGGGAGAUAAAACGGGCUCGGACCAUGGCUCUGUACAAUCCCAUCCCAGCCAAACACAACUGUCUCACCGUCAACAGGUCUCUCUUUAUCUUCGCUGAGAAUAACAUCAUAAGAAAAUAUGCAAAAAGGAUCAUUGAGUGGCCUCCAUUUGAGUAUAUGAUCCUGGCCACCAUCAUUGCCAACUGCAUUGUUUUAGCUCUGGAACAGCAUCUUCCUGGUGAGGACAAGACACCUAUGUCCAAAAGGCUGGAGAAGACAGAGCCCUAUUUUAUUGGAAUCUUCUGUUUUGAGGCCGGUAUCAAGCUAGUGGCACUUGGUUUUGUUUUUCAUAAGGGUUCCUAUCUCAGAAAUGGCUGGAAUGUAAUGGACUUCAUUGUUGUGCUAAGUGGGAUUCUGGCUACGGCUGGCUCUCAUAUGAAUAUUCCAGUGGAUUUGCGAACACUCAGGGCUGUACGUGUGUUAAGACCCCUCAAACUAGUCUCUGGGAUCCCCAGUUUACAGAUAGUCCUGAAGUCCAUAAUGAAAGCCAUGGUACCGCUGCUGCAGAUUGGUCUUCUUCUGUUCUUUGCCAUCCUGAUGUUCGCGAUCAUUGGUCUGGAGUUCUACAGUGGGAAAUUACAUCACACCUGCCUGCCCUCCCCUGAUAUCCUUGAUAAUGAGACGGUGGACUCAUCUGAGGUUGAGUUUGCGUGUGGUGUGAGGAAGUGUCCAGACAAAUACACCUGCAGUGGCUCAUGGAUCGGGCCCAAUGACGGCAUCACUCAGUUUGAUAACAUCCUCUUUGCUGUACUAACAGUGUUUCAGUGCAUCACUAUGGAAGGGUGGACUGCUGUCUUGUACAAUACUAAUGAUGCUUUGGGACCCACAUGGAAUUGGAUCUACUUCAUUCCUCUCAUCAUUAUUGGCUCAUUCUUUGUGCUUAACCUUGUGUUGGGUGUCCUGUCUGGGGAAUUUGCUAAAGAGAGAGAGCGGGUGGAGAACAGACGUGCCUUCAUGAAGCUCAGACGCCAGCAACAGGUGGAGAGAGAACUCAACGGCUACCGUGCCUGGAUCGACAGAGCAGAGGAAGUAAUGCUUGCAGAGGAAAACAAGAAUUCCGGGAGGUCGGCAUUAGAUGUGUUGAAACGUGCCACAAGCAAGAAAAAUGCCAGACGUCGAGGACCAGGGGAGGAGAAGUAUUCUGAAACCUCCACAGUUGGUGGUCCUCGACCAAGGGUUGGUAUACGAACUGCGAGGCGUGGGCCUGCUGCUUAUAUGCGCCGCAAAGAACGCAUGUUGCGGAUCUCUAUUCGUCGCAUGGUUAAAACAGACAGCUUCUAUUGGAUAGUCCUCAGUCUGGUGGCACUCAACACCAUAUGUGUUUCCAUUGUUCAUCACAACCAACCAGAAUGGCUCACUAUUAUUCAGUACUAUGCAGAAUUUGUGUUUCUUGGACUCUUUCUCGCUGAGAUGUUUCUGAAAAUGUAUGGCCUUGGGUUUCGUCUCUACUUCCAUUCAUCCUUUAACUGCUUUGAUUGUGGAGUGAUUGUAGGUAGUAUUUUUGAAGUGGUGUGGGGGUUCUUCAGGCCUGGAGUUUCUUUUGGCAUCAGUGUGCUCAGAGCUUUACGACUGCUACGAAUCUUUAAGAUCACCAAGUACUGGUCAUCCCUGCGGAACUUGGUGGUGUCCCUCAUGAGCUCCAUGAAGUCCAUCAUCAGUUUACUCUUCCUUCUCUUCCUCUUCAUCGUAGUCUUUGCUUUACUUGGCAUGCAGCUGUUUGGUGGCAGGUUCAUCUUUGAAGAUUACACUCCUACUAAUUUCGACACGUUUCCAGCUGCCAUCAUGACUGUCUUUCAGAUUCUUACGGGAGAAGACUGGAAUGAGGUUAUGUACAAUGGGAUACGUUCUCAGGGAGGGGUGCAGUAUGGAAUGUGGUCCUCAAUCUACUUCAUUGUUUUAACCUUGUUUGGGAACUACACAUUGCUCAAUGUUUUCUUGGCCAUUGCUGUGGAUAAUCUAGCCAAUGCACAGGAGCUAACUAAGGAGGAGGAAGAAGAGGAGGAAGAAUUCUUCAAUCAGAGAUACAAAAGCAGAGAAUUUGGCCUCUCUGAGAGAAGAAGGAGGCCGUACUUGUACAGGAAGCGUGCCAUUCACAGAGGUCGUCCAUGUCCUGCAGAGGCAGAGGAGGAAGCUGCUGGGAAACCAGUAGAAGAGCCGCCUGUGAAUGCUUUCGCCGGCCGUCGUGAGAGAUGCAAAAAAAUUAAUAUGUCUGUCUGGGAGCAACGGACCAACCAGCUGAGGAAGCGACGGCAGAUGGCAAGCCGUGAGGUGCUGUUUGGCAGUACCACAGAAGACCAGCUGGACACUCCGAUGAGUGAUCACCACCAACAGCAUGGCAUUUCCCCAGAGACGAGCCCUUUACACCUGCCAGAAUCACCGUUGUCCGUGGUAAUGCCCCUGCCAGAACCACCCAUGUCCAUCACCAUCCCUCUGCCUGAACCUCCAGAGUCUGAACCGGUGCCCCUGACAGGAUCCGGACUUGAGUCAAGUGCCAACAAUCACCAUUCAAAUACAGAGAGGAGGCAUCGCGUAGCAAGGAAGUUUCGAGCCGCUGCUGCUGCGGGGGUGGCAGAGGGCGGACGACACAAACGCCACAGACAUCGAGAGUCCAGAACAGAGGCCAGAAACACAGAGAACCACCAGCAGUUUGGCUGCAGUGAGAAACAGGCUGAAGAUGGUGAAGAUAAAACUGAGGACACACAGUCCAAAAACAUGAUGCAUCUGGAAGAAACAGAAAUAAACAUGUCUGGCAAGCAAAUUGAGAAUCAGGAGGAAUGCCAAAGUGAGUUUGUGGAGGAUGCGGCAGGGCUUUCCCAAGUGUCUGGCCUUCAGGAGCUUCAGUGUGUCAGUAUAGCAAUGGAGGAUCAAGCAGAGAGCCAGGAAAAACCUUUUUUGAAGCAAAAAGAAGAUGGUGCAUCCGAGUCUAAAUACAUCUCAGGGGAAAUCUCAGACAUUGAGAACAAUGGCAGCUAUCUGAACCAGGACGAGUGUGUAACAGAAACCAGCAUUACACGAGAAUCAUCAGCACAGCCAUUGUUGGAAAUGACACCUAUGACUGUGAGUUUUAAGGAUGUGGAGUCCGCUCUCUCAGAGAAAGCUGAUGAUGAUGAUGAUGAUGAUGAGAAUGGAGCUAACAGAGGAGAUCCGUCCACUGCACCCAAACCUGACAUACCAGACAGUAUGUUCAUCUUUAAGAGCCAAAAUCCAAUCAGAAGGAUCUGCCACUAUGUGGUGACCCUAAAGUAUUUUGAAAUGACCAUUCUGCUGGUGAUCGUGGCCAGUAGUAUUGCACUGGCUGCUGAAGACCCCGUGUGCACCAAUUCAGAGAGGAACAAAGUUCUGCGUUACUUUGAUUAUGUUUUCACUGGUGUCUUCACAUUUGAGAUGAUUAUCAAGAUGAUCGACCAGGGCCUAAUUCUUCAUGACGGAUCAUAUUUCCGGGACUUGUGGAACAUUCUGGACUUCAUUGUAGUGGUUGGAGCUUUAAUUGCCUUUGCAUUGACAAACAACAAAGGCAGAGACAUCAAGACCAUCAAGUCUUUACGAGUUCUCAGAGUUCUUCGUCCACUCAAGACCAUCAAAAGACUUCCAAAGCUCAAGGCUGUGUUCGAUUGUGUGGUCACAUCUUUGAAAAACGUCUUCAACAUUCUCAUCGUCUACAAGCUCUUCAUGUUCAUCUUUGCUGUGAUUGCAGUACAGCUCUUUAAAGGGAAGUUCUUUUACUGCACUGACGGAUCAAUGGGCACACAGAAAGAAUGCCAGGGCUACUACAUUGAUUAUGGGCGGGACAGGAAGGAGGUGAAGAAGAGAGAGUGGAGGAGACACGAGUUUCACUAUGAUAACGUCCUCUGGGCUCUUCUAACACUCUUCACUGUGUCCACAGGAGAGGGCUGGCCACAAGUGCUUCAACACUCAGUGGACGUCACUGAAGAAGACCAUGGCCCAAGUAGAGGAAACCGCAUGGAGAUGGCAAUUUUCUAUGUAGUAUAUUUUGUGGUUUUUCCCUUCUUUUUUGUCAACAUCUUUGUUGCUCUCAUAAUAAUCACAUUCCAGGAGCAGGGUGACAAAAUGAUGGAGGAGUGCAACUUGGAGAAAAAUGAGCGGGCGUGCAUUGACUUUACUAUCAGUGCAAAGCCUCUGACGAGAUACAUGCCUCAGAACAGACAAACCCUGCAGUACCGAUUAUGGCACUUUGUGGUGUCACCAUCAUUCGAGUACACAGUUUUGGUCAUGAUUGCACUCAACACAGUCGUCCUCAUGAUGAAGUACCACUCUGCCCCAGCUGCCUACGACAUGGUCUUAAAGCACCUCAACACGGCGUUCACUGUGCUCUUCUCUCUUGAAUGCAUCUUAAAGAUCAUGGCUUUUGGGUUCAUUAACUACUUUCGUGAUACAUGGAACAUCUUUGAUUUCAUCACUGUGCUGGGCAGUAUUACUGAAAUUGUGGUAGAUUUACAGUCUGUGAACACAAUCAAUAUGAGUUUCCUUAAACUUUUCCGGGCGGCUCGACUCAUUAAACUGUUGAGGCAGGGCUACACAAUCCGCAUUCUGCUGUGGACCUUUGUUCAGUCCUUUAAGGCUCUUCCAUAUGUUUGUCUUCUCAUCGCUAUGCUGUUUUUCAUUUAUGCUAUUAUCGGCAUGCAGGUAUUUGGAAAUAUUAAAUUGAAUGAUGAAAGCCACAUUAAUCAACACAACAAUUUCAAGACAUUCUUCGGUGCAUUGAUGUUACUCUUUAGAAGUGCUACGGGGGAGUCGUGGCAGGAAAUCAUGCUGUCAUGCCUCGGUGGAAAGGAGUGCGAGCCGGACCCUUCAAUUGUGCCUCCUUUCACUUCCCCAGAUCAUGAAGGCGGCUGCGGCACUGAUUUCGCCUAUUUCUAUUUUGUCUCAUUUAUCUUUUUCAGCUCAUUUUUGAUGCUGAAUCUCUUUGUGGCUGUGAUUAUGGAUAACUUUGAGUAUCUGACGCGGGACUCCUCCAUUCUUGGUCCUCACCAUCUGGACGAGUUUGUGCGCAUUUGGGGGGAAUAUGACCGAGCAGCAUGUGGCCGGAUUCACUACACUGCCAUGUACGAGAUGCUAACACACAUGUCUCCACCUCUUGGCCUGGGAAAGAAAUGUCCUGCCAAAGUUGCCUACAAGAGAUUGGUGCUGAUGAACAUGCCAGUGGAUGAAGACAUGACUGUUCAAUUCACCUCCACACUCAUGUCUCUGAUCCGCACCGCACUGGAAGUCAAAAUUGCUAGAGGGGGAGAGGACCGAAUCCAGUUGGACAUGGAAUUGCAAAAGGAGAUAAGUGUUAUUUGGCCACACCUCUCCCAGAAGACCCUGGAUCUGCUGGUACCUAUCAAUAAAGACACUGACAUGACCGUUGGAAAGAUCUAUGCCUCUAUGAUGAUCAUGGAUUACUUCAAGCAGAGCAAAGCCAAGAAGUUGAGGCAGCAGGUGGAGGCACAGAGAAGUUCCACACUGCCCCUGAUAGCACACAGUGCUGGAUCAGCCCUGACCAGUGGAGGGUUUGUGGCUUUGAGCCCCAUAUCUCCACAAGAAUUGUUACUACAGCCCAUGAGUCAGCGCGCAGACAGCAGUGAAGACUAUGAUGUCUCUCAGGUUGAUGAAUCUGGGUUGAACGGAUUGUGGGGAGAUGAUCGUCCACCUGAACAUGCCUUCAGAGCUAGACACAAGAGCUACAAAGCUGCAGUGUCCCAUUCAGACCAGACGCAGAACAUGGAAAAGGUGCGGGGACGACCCAAAGAACAACGGCUCCUCCUGUCCCCAGACAACACCAAAUCCAAAUCCCGCUCCCGUUCUCCCAGUGAAGAGAGGAUACGUGCGGUCACCAGACAGGGCAACAGCUCUGAAAGCCCUGUUCCCUCAACCUCAGAGUCCAGCACCCCGAGCGGUAAGCGUCGCAUGUCCCAAAUGUCCACCUGCUCACGGCCACACAUCUCGUACUCGCCUUUGGUGUGCCACACGCAGCCUUCAUCACAAGUGGAUGAUGAUGAUGAUGAUGAUGUGCAGCAGAUGAUAGGCUGCUGUAGUGCUGCUUUAUGGGACAACGGUGCAGAAGAGCAGGAAAGCAGGCUGAGGCAGCAGGAGAGCACACACUUUGAAGUGGACGAAUAUCUUUCAUCAGCCCGACGUUACCCGUCAGAGUCUUUCCUUGCCCUACAGGAGGAAGAGCACAGCCCAGAUUCUUCUGCCCCCAUGGAAACUCUCACGUUUGAGGCCGCGGUGGCCACAAGCCUGGGUCGCGCCAACACCGUCAGCGCGUCGAUGCGUACGAGGUCGCGGAUGGGCUGGCAGGUGCCCAACGGACACUUCCGCAAGCGACUGGCUCAGAGCAUAUCUGUCGCCGGUGGUGAAGCACUCAGUGAUGCAGAAGACGACAAAUACUAGAGCAGGUUGUACAAAAGAGACACAAAUUGACAAACAUUGUUGGAGGACAUUGAGAUGGAUGCUGAAUGAACAAUAUUUAAGAGGAGUUUCAUAGAUACAUGAGUCAAUGGUGUGUUCAACGAAAUGAGGGUAUAAAGACUUUUCACAUUUACAUUCUCAAAUAUCUCAUUAGAUUUCUUAUCAGUGAGUUUCAACUCAUACAUUUAAACAUCAGGCCCUAUUUAGGUGUUUAACAGCUUUUUUUCUGGUUGGGGAUACUGCGAUGGUGGCUCAGAGCAGUGGUUCUCAAAUAAAAAUAAAACAUUUUUGUUUUUUUGGUCAAGGCCCCCUUAGAAACAAAAAACACUCAAAAAAUAAAAUAAGGCAUUUCCGUCCGCAGAACUGCCGCUCACUUGAUGUUUUUUUGUUUUUGGCACCAUUCGGAGUAAAUUCUAGAGACUGUUGUGUGUGCAAAUCCCAGGAGAUCAGCAGUUACAGAAAUACUCAAACCAGCCCAUCUGGCACCAACAAACAUGCCACUGUCGAAAUUUUCUCCAUUCUGAUGGUUGAUGUGAACAUUAACUGAAGUUCCUGGCCCGUACCUGAAUAAUUUUAUGCAUUGCUCUGCUGCCAGACGAUUGGCUGAUUAGAUAAUCUUAUGAAUAAGAAGGUGUACACGUGUACCUAAUAAAGUGCUCAGUGAGUGUACUUGUAAAACAUAAAAAAAUAGAAUAAAUAAUAAGCGAUACUUCUACAGGAGCAAUGUUAAUAUAGCUCAACCAAAAAGAUAUAUUUUUUGCCAUAAUUUACUCACCCUCCUCGUUCAAAACAGGUAUGACAUUUUUCAUCCGUAAAGCACAAGAAUGAAGGAUUGAGAGGAUCGUGAUUGUGCUCCAAAAGCACCAUAAAAGUCAUUCAUAUCACUCGUGUGCUUUUUCAAUUCUUCUGAAGCCUUGAAAAAGUGUUGUAUGGGGUACAGGUUAGAUUUUAAGUGUUAAUUCAUGUCUUCACCCAUUAAAAUCUGGUGUGCGCACAAAUUCGUCUUCGUUUACAUAAGCAUGGCGCAGUGAACGCACCUGAUGCCACAUAAGUAUAAACGCCUCGGGUUGUCAAGAGGUGCGCACACAGGACACGCUGCAGUGCCAAGCGAAAGUAUAAACAAGGCUUAAAGAGAAAAAUGCGGAGGGAAAGAAAUAAGAAAUUGAGCCCAUCGGUUCUUGCAUGUAUUGUCACAAAUGUUUUAAAUUGUGUAAAAGGGAUUGUUGGGUGGUUCACAUUUUGAGAACCAGUGUCUUGAAAUGCUUCACAUUUGAUUUUUGCUUUUCUCUCUCAGUUGUACGUUUAAGGUCUUGUCAUGCAACACAAAAAGGAAGUUUUAUUUAUUUAUGCUUUACCCCAAUUCCACUUAUUUCUGAAUCUCUUUGGCACAUUAUUAAAAUUUUUGAAAUAGUAUUCACUGCAUCAGAGCACAGGUGCACAUUUCGGAAUUGAAUAGGCCAUAUAGACACUAUACAUUUCUUAAUGCUUUACAAAUUGAGAAAUAACUAAAUCAUUUAAAUAAACAUAAAUUCCCUGAAAAGUCUUACAUAUGAUCUUGCAGUUUUAUCACACAAGGUUGAAAAGUGAUAAUAUGUUGAGAAUUAACUUGACUUUCAAAGUUCAGUUUAUACAAACAACUGAACUAAAUACAAUUUGUCAAAUAAAACUUCCAUGUGAUUCCAUGAUAUAAUAAUUGUUCAUACAGAAAAGAUUGGUCUUUACCGCUGAGGCUUCAGUUAUGGUAAAUGUUUAAUUGAAGUUAGUUUAGCUGAAUUUCUUGUGUGUGUGAAGGGAACUCUAUUAUAUGAGCAAAGAGUUGACAUGUUGAGAAAGGGUAAAGUUGUCACAGUCAAAUUUGAUGUCACAUCAAUUCAGGAACUGUUUUUAAAAGUGUUUUAAAAGAUUUCUUCUCUAAAAACAUGUAAUAUUUGACUUUACUUUCAGGCUUCUUGGAAUUUGGAUUUUUGAUAUAAGUUACUGAAUUUGAGUGGAUAAGCAUCCUGAUAACUUUAUGUAUAAACCAAUAAAAUAUACACUUUUU